AAAAAUAAUUCUGUUUUUGCUUUAAUAAAAUGUUUAAAAAAUGCAAAUGCUUAAAGAAAUUAAAAUAAAAAAUCGAAUUUUAUUUGCAAACCAAUGUUGGUGAAUUCAAACCAGUACGACCCAAAAUAAAUGAUUACAUAUAAAUAAUUAAAAAUAUUUAUCAGCUAAUCAAAUAAACUCCUUUCUAAUCCAAAAAUUAGAGGAAGAACACAAAACUUUUUUUUUCUAAAAAACAAAAUUUGAUAGGAAAAAAUAUUUCUCCAGUAAAACAAAAAAGUUUGCAAAAAAUGAGUUAUUUCCACAAAGAUUAUAAAAGUUAAAUAACAUUGCAAUGAAAUCCUGAAUAAACAGCUCAAAAAUUGUGAAGCAAAUUCUGUAAAAUUCACACUUUCAUCUAUAAAUCUACUUUAUUUUCCACACAUGGAACUAAUACAUGAAAAACCUUUUAAAUGGUGGUGCAUGCCAGUAGAUGGCGCCGUCAGCCAUGAGUGAUGAGUCUAUGAAUGCCUGUUACUGUCACUGCAAACCGUGUUUAGCAGAAGCUGGAAACUGGAGGAGAAAUUGGAAAAAGGGAAAUAAAAUUAGGGAAAAAAGAAGAAAAAAACUGCAAGUGGAUCAGGAAAACUGAUGAAAAUGUGGCGUAAAAGUUUGUAAAUAUUAUAUAUAUGAUAAAAGAUUUAAUAUGUGGAUUUAAAAACUAGAAAUAAAAGAAGUUGAACUGUCAUUUCAUGUAGUUUAAAUGUGACUCCGCUCUCUUCUUCUGUCAUUUCAGCCUCAAAGUCAUUUUCCCGAGGAGGAAAAACUGGUUCCAGUUCUACGUGUUGUCAGUGAAACGCGUCACAUGAGCGUGGAUGUGAUCAGAAGUUCAAAGUCGGUGUGGUUGCACCGUCACUUCAUGGCCUCGGGCCUUGAGGAAUCCAAGAGCCGCUCACCCGUCACUGCAGCUCAUCUGUGCCUCACCAAGCGGUGCAGCCAAGCGAAGGUCGCUUCCUGCUGUCCACACGACGGCAAAAUGAGAUCAGAACCACGACUGAGAGCAGCCGACGUUAAAAAGCGCCUGAGUGAUUACAGACAGAGGCCUGUAAUCAGGCGGGAUGACACCGUCCGAGCCGCUCAGCUGCACGCCGGCCUGCCCAUAGAAACCCCUGACAUGCAGGUGAAAGGAAGCGCUGCAGCGAAAGCGAACCUCAAAGGUCACGAGGACUUCUCGCCAUCUUCAUCAAGAGAGGAAGGGGUUUCUGUUCUGAGGCAGCUCCUGCUGGUCUCCAGAAAGAACAAAGGCUCUAAAAUUAGCCCCCAGUACGUGAUAAGGCCGGAUGAUAAUGAAUAUUUCAGUGGGAAAAUAAUCACAAAGGAGUCUGAGCCCCCCGUCCUCAGGGGAGACGGGAAACCAGCAAAGUCUCACUGGAAAACUGCAGAAAAGGAAAAAAGUCGAAAAACAGAUCGUCUAAAAUAUGCAACAUCUGAAGCCCUGAUGGAGAUUUUCCUUCAAGAGACACAGACAGACGUACACUUAGAGGGUUUGUUUGACUUUCCACCCACGACCGACUUCCUUUCUGGAGCAGAAAAAUCCAAAUGUAGAUGUUCAGAUGGAGAAGAACGCUCAGCAGAGAAAGAUGAAGGAAUAAACUCAGCUGAUGAGGACGAAGAAGUCGAAUCCGAACUUUCAGAGGCUCCUGAUUCAUCAAGUGUGAGUAACUAUAAAGCGGACAAUUCUCCUCCACCUACAACUUCUCAACCCAAAAUGACUGAAACCACAACAACCGAAACCACCACAACGAAAAUCCCAGAAACCACAAGAAGAGACAAAGAAACCACAACGGGUUCAGAGGUCAGCGCUCGUCUAGUCACGUUAACGGCAGAGACGACAACCACAAACCUGUUGUCAGGCCUCAGAAUGAAGGACAACAUUCGCACAACGCUGAUGGACGACACAAACGGAAGCAGACCCGACCAGAAAACUGAACCCCCAAAACCUGUGAGGGUGACCCAGAAAGAAAGCCUUCAUCCAGAGGCUGAGCCGCUCUGUGGCGGGCUGAUCGCUCGCAGUGAAGCUGGACGGAAACACUGCAUGGAGAGGCUUGGAAUCGCAGCGUCCAGAAGGUUCUCCUCAACGGAAACUCCAGAUGUGAGGCGACGGGAGGAGGGCAGCGACCCUCGGAGUGAUGACGGAAACCACCACUUCUACUAUUUUGAUGGAGUUAUGAAGAAAGUUCCUGGGAACUCUGACCCCUCAGAUAGGAGGCAACGACUCUGAAGAAGCAGAACAGAAAACAAAAAUAAAGCAAGUGACUUUCAGCUUUUAACAAGAACAA